UCCUUCUUGUUUAUAACAAUAAUAAAAAAAUGUCUCAAGAUGACAGUAGUUUCGUUAAAUUAAGCGUUUUCGGAAAUGUAUUCCAAGUUACGACGAGGUAUACUGACUUGCAGCCAAUCGGUAUGGGUGCAUUCGGUCUCUUGUGCUCCUCAAUCGAUCAGAAAACCUCUGGUCCAGUCGCUAUAAAGAAAGUAAUGAAGCCAUUCUCCGCAGCUGUUUUAGCAAAGAGAACCUACAGAGAGCUCAAGUUAUUAAAACACCUUAGACACGAGAAUAUUAUUUCAUUACUCGAUGUCUUUAUUAGUCCGGGCGAGGAUAUUUACUUUAUUACAGAGUUGUUAGGUACAGAUUUACACAGAUUACUCUCUUCGAGACCUUUAGAGCGACAAUUCGUACAAUAUUUCUUAUAUCAAAUGUUACGAGCACUCAAGUUCGUACACCCAGCUGGUGUUGUCCAUCGUGAUCUUAAACCUUCAAAUAUCUUGAUAAAUGAGAACUGCGAUUUGAAGAUCUGUGAUUUCGGUUUAGCUAGAUUGCAAGAUCCACAAAUGACCGGUUACGUCAGUACAAGAUAUUACAGAGCACCUGAAAUUAUGCUCACCUGGCAAGAAUACGACAGUGCCGUUGAUAUCUGGUCAGUUGGUUGCAUUUUCGCUGAAAUGAUCGACGGUCGUCCGAUCUUCCCUGGUAAAGAUCACGUUCAUCAAUUGACAGUAAUCACUGAGUUGCUCGGUUCACCACCUGAAGAUGUUAUUAACACAAUCACGUCUGAAAACACAAGGAGAUUCGUUGACGCACUCCCGAAGAGAGAGAAAAUACCAUUCCAACAGCGUUUCCCUAACGCCAGCGAAGAAGAAAUAGAUUUAUUAGAGAAAAUGUUAGAUUUCAAUCCAAAGGAGAGAAUAACGGCUGCUGAUGCUAUUCAACAUCCUUACUUAGCACCAUAUCACGACCCAUCCGAUGAACCUGUCGCUAAUGAAAGGUUCGAUUGGAGUUUCAAUGAUGCUGAUUUGCCCGUUGAUCAAUGGAAAGUUAUGAUGUACUCCGAGAUCUUGGAUUUCCAUAACGUCAACGUCGACUCGGAACAAGAAAUGACACCUUCAACAACCACAGCUGGCGCUUCUUAAUAACCUUUUACGAAUUGUUUACGAAAAAUUGUUUUCUGUUGAAAUAUAUAAAUUCUAAAGUACUUUAUGUCAGUUGUCUAUAUUGCGUUCUGUCAGUGAUGAAAUAACUU